CAUACCGGCUGCGUCGAGCGUGUGGAGGGGCGCUGGCUUCAGUUUGUUGUUGUGCUUGUUGCGAGAUGUAAGCCUAACUACGGGAGGAUGUUGCUUUUGCCACCGUACGAAGCUGUGUUAUCGUAAAUACGGACCGUGGUACGUCGGGUUUCAAGAUGUCUGAAGCGGGCUCCGAUGCCGAAGUGAGCUCGGAUUCGGACAUGGGUUACGAUGACUACUACAAUUGCCCAGAGGAUGGGGAAAUUGACCAGCAGGACCAGAAGAAGCAGGACCCCGAGUACUUUGAGUUUGAGUGCCUAUUCAUCGAGGAUGUUGAGCGACUGCUCAACGAAUCCGUCGAGUCUAUUUGUGCCAGCCUCAGCGUGAUGCCCUCGCUGGCUAAAGUCUUGCUCCACACCCACAACUGGAACGCACAAGAGAUCAUCCAAAAGUACAAGCAGAAUGCAGCGCAAGCCCUGGCCGAUGCGAGGAUCAAGCCAUUGCGAUCCGCUGCCGUGGAAAUGCAGGCAAUAAGAAAGAACCCUUCAGUCCAGUGUCCCAUCUGCCUGCAGAACUUUGCUGGGGAAAGGUUCAGGGGCCUGGCGUGUGGCCACUACUUCUGUGCAGAUUGCUGGGCCAUGCACUUUGAGAUACAAAUUUUGCAAGGCAUUUCUACAGCCAUUGAAUGCAUGGCACAGUUCUGCAACAUUCUGGUACCAGAGGAUUUUGUCCUGAGCCUGCUGAGCAAAUCGGUACUGCGCGAGAAAUACCAGCAGUUCAUGUUCUCCGACUAUGUUCGGAGUCAUCCUGAAUUGCGUUUCUGCCCUGGUCCCAACUGCAACGUCAUUGUCCGAGCCAAAGAAAACAAGAGCAAGAGGGUUAUCUGCAAGAACUGCAAGACGACGUUCUGCUUUCGGUGUGGGGGAAACUACCACGCGCCGGCAGACUGUGAUACAAUCAAGAAGUGGAUCACAAAGUGUGCCGACGAUUCCGAGACUGCCAACUACAUCUCUGCUCACACUAAGGAUUGUCCAAGGUGCCACAUAUGUAUAGAAAAAAAUGGGGGUUGUAACCAUAUGCAAUGUUACAGUUGUAAAUAUGAUUUUUGUUGGAUGUGUCUCGGAGACUGGAGGACACACGGUAGUGAGUAUUACGAAUGUAGUCGGUAUAAGGAAAACCCCAACAUAGCCAACGAAUCCGCCCAUGCGCAAGCAAGGGAAGCGCUGAAGAAGUACCUCUUCUACUUUGAAAGGUGGGAGAACCAUGCCAAGAGCCUUCGUCUGGAGGAGAUGACGCUCAGUGCCAUCAAGAACCGCAUCAACGGCAAGGUGAUGGCAAACGAGGGAACCUGGAUCGACUGGCAGUACCUGCUUGAUGCGGUCUCUCUCUUGGCCAAGUGCCGUUACACCUUACAGUAUACAUACCCUUAUGCCUACUACAUGGAACCUGGGCCUAGGAAGGAACUGUUUGAAUACCAGCAAGCAACCUUGGAAGCAGAAAUAGAGAAUCUCUCGUGGAAGGUGGAACGUGCAGAGACAACAGACAGAGGGGAGCUUGAAAACCAGAUGGACGUCGCCGAGAAGAGGCGCUCGAUUCUUCUCAAGGACUUCCUUGUCUAGCAGGGCUGAAGGCUCUAGUCACCUGUGCACAGACACAUGACUGUCGUAUCGGCACACCAAAAAAAGAAAAAAAAAACCUGACGCCACCAUGCCAGGACAUUGCUGAAGAAGAUGCUCGACGUGGGACUCCCGCUACUAAUCAAUGGGCGUCGUACCUCAUCGUCAUCACGUCUUUCACGUUUGCAGUCAUCGGCGUAACAUUCGAGGCACAACACUAAUUGGGGGGGGUCACUCCUGGCUGAACGGUAAAUUUCAACUAACAGAUCAAAGAGGCGGGAGGUUUUCCACGGGCAUUCGCUGUUCCGAAAAAAGUGAGAGCUCAAUUCGCAGUGAUGGUUAAAGCCUUUCGGCACGAGAAAAAGAAAAUAAGACCGUAGCGAGAGUUGUGGGAGCGGUUUUCUCGUCUGGGCAUUGUGCCGCUCACAAACAUGGUUUCCUGGUGAUCUGAUCUGAAGGCUGUAUUGUCGAUCUCUCUUGGUGGUGAUUCCGCUUCUGCAGUGGUACUUGUAUGUAUGUUAGUAUUUCUUUUCGUUCUUUGUCAGUGGUCCGAGUGGUGCUCCACCCGUGUUAUCACCAGGGUUGGCUGGUUGUGAACAGUGGAUGAUAAAAAAAAAAUCUUUGCAUUGUAUGGACCCUGGUGUCCUUAAUAACAUCAGUUGAGAAGAGCAGGGUGCGGGAAGUCGCACACAGAAAUUAUGCACAGCGAGUUAGCGAUUUCGUGCUUUGCUUUAUCUUUAUAAGAGAGUGCUGCAGCGGUUGAAGGAAUUCAGGUUCAGAGCACAUGCAGCAUCUUUGGCAUUAACUCUGCUUGUGUUCGAUGGCACAAAUUCCGUGAUUUGCAAGUUUCUUCCUCUUCAGAUGUGGAAGCAUUCUGCGUCUUGGACUCUGAUCACGUGACUGGCAGCCAGCUGACACGCUCUCCUAAGAUUAGAGGCAGCCUUCGUAGCUGCGUUGCUUUCUUGACAUACGCAAUCCUGUCUCUGGAAAUUUGUGUGCGUGCCUCCUGUUGGUGAUCUAGCAGGGUGGCGAUUCUUGCUUUUCCAGCAUUUGGCAUUGCCUAGUUUCCAAAAUGAAUUCAUUUUAGCUCGGUGGCCGAAAACGGACAUGACGUCAUCAUAGUGACUGAACUAUGCCCGCAAAAGUGGCAUUUUUUCCAUCCAAAAGACAACACACCUGGUCGCCUUCAAUGUGAUACACUGUUGUAGCGGCAAACAUUUAUUCAUGUCGCAGCAUUUCUGUUGACAGUUGCUUCAGUGCACUUGGCUGCGAUGCAGUGUCAAGGUGAUCCUAACAAAGUGUUUUGCACAUGUCCCGCAUGCGCUGAAUUAGUUGGCCGCUGCAUGCUGGGAGGGAUCUCCAUCAAAGCGGUCAGUCGAGAAUACAGCCUUCUGUAACCUUGCUCUCUAUCAUCCGAAAAACUUCGUUGCAACACAGGAUAGAAAUUGUACUGCAAGAGUGAUCUCCACAAAACCUGUCGAUCGAGGCUACAACCUCGAGCUCUCUAGGGCCGAAAGAUCGUCACAGCACAGGUUAAAAAUUGUAGACUCUGGGAAAAGCUUACAUUGCAAAUUAGAAAACUAAAUUUACGUGUCCUUCUGAAGUCUUGUUGUGCUGGAGCAGCAAGCUGCAUUUAAAACUCUGGGUCGAAGACGCGUGGCAGGAAAUGCGUAGGAGCAGGAAGUCUCCUGUCCUUGCCCUGUUGAGUGGCGUUAAAUUGUUCUGCUGGCAGCCUGGCACUCCUUGCACACUGACAUCAUUUGGUGUCUGCAAAGAAUUUUUCAGCUCCUGCGAUUGCCACAGCUUAAGUGCACGUUUGCGUUCGGCGACACCUUUCCAUGCUGUCCCGCCCACAUCUUUCUUUUUCUAUUUUCUUCAUGAAGCCUUCUGUAUGGGGAGAGUUUGGCAACUAAUGCCAUCAAGUUUUGACACUUGGUCCACCGUAGCAGACAUGAAAAUGGUCGUGGUAUGUUCCAGUAACUCGCACUACAUACCACACCUUAAAAAGCUAGUUUGAAAUUUUUGCUACCAUCGUCACUAGCUCUUUAGCCACACGACACCACGUUACCCAAGCCGUACUGCAUAUGAAUUUGGUGCCAUUCAGCUAGUAGACGUAUGUGUUGGAGACAGCAAUAAUGGUAGAGUGUUAGCACUGUGCUAGAACUCUCUAUGUGCACAAAGAAUCGCUGAGAAGAGACUGCUUGUAAAAGCAAGCGCACUGACCUACUUCUGAGUAAGAGCACUGCUUUGAGGAUGGACACGUGAAUUUGUUGAUGGGUGCUGGGAACUAUGUCUUACUGCCCCGUCAUAAUUAGUUUCCUAGCCCCUCAGUUAAACAUGACAGGGGUUCCGGUGGAUUGAGGCGGCACAGUUCUGUAGCAUGGUGGUUAUCAAGCGUCUAGUUGUUGAAGAAUCCUUAAACCUCUCUCAGGUAAUUCGUGGACUUUUUAGAGUAUAUGUUUUAACGAUGAUAACCGUUAUGGGCAUUCCCCCUCCAGUUGACAUGGUGGUAUUGGCAGUUUUCGUCAAGAUUGCCAAAUGCCUGAGAAAAUUAUGCAUCACCCAAUAUAGUGCAUACAGAGGUGGUGCGGUGUCACGGUAUGCAACAUAGAGUAGUCCCAAAGUCAAAAUAAGGAUACAUAACCGUCUAAUAGGAGUUGCGCUUACUGCUGUGGCUUUGCUCUAGAUUAUAACAGGAGUUUUUGUCAAGGAUAAUUCAGGAGUGCUUGCUUUUUUUUUUUUUUUUUCGGUUGCACACAGGCACGUUAGUAGGAGGAAAGCCGGAGCUGUUACAGCUGAAGACAUGUAUUUGUGAUCCCUGGACUUACCUUAUUAGGCACUUCAUUUUUCACUAGCAGUCAACCAGCUUUGCAUACAAACGAAUGUUCUCAGAGCCACAAUGCCGACCUUGUCUGUUAUUGUUUCUCCUAUUUGAUCUACAACUUUGCAGGGUUCUCAGUCUCACACAAGAAGCUCUUCACAGAUGCCAUGCCAGGCAUCUCACUUGCUCUUUCAAUAUGCACAGUCCACAAUGGCAUGUUUUUUUUUACUGCUCUUAGGAAACCCCCCUUUAACUAUCUAGAGGACCCCUGUAGGUGGCAAUAACAAUUUGAGAAAUGCCACUUCAGUAACUCUCCCCGUACAGAAGGCCUUGUUUCCCCGUGAUCUCUAGUGUGAGAACUUCCCAGUUGCUACUGCGACUAUGAUAACAGACCACAUUGUUACAAGUUCGUGUUUUGCUCUGCCGCUUCUGUGCUUUCUCUUGACAUAACAAUCCCAUUUCCACUGCUGCUAAGACAACCAUACUCAUUGAUUCAAGUUUGCGUUACGAGCCACUAGACAUUUGCCUGUACAUGCUUCUCUGCAUACAGUGCCACAGAGAUGCUUGACUAAAAAAUAAUCAUAACAUGUUUUUCGUCGGCUAGUUGCCUUUGCAGAAAAUAACAGGUUGUUGCCAAAUAGCCUAAUUUUUAACCGCUAAUCACCCGUGUGCUUCAAUGUUUGAGCCUUUGAACCCACACUUUUCUUCGCUUGACAGUAUCUCGUCGCCUGCUCAUGCUGGCAUGGGCAGGGGAGUAUCCGCUCCUAAACAUUUCUUGCUUCAUGGCAGGAGAUGAUGAAAUGACUACUACUAGCCAUUAAAGAUGCAAGUAAAGCAAUAGUGAUGCAUGACUGGAAAGUUCACAUUUAGGUGAAGGCAGCGUCUUUGUUGGAGAUGCCUUCUGAAGCACGUCGAAGGGAAGGGAAAAAAUGAUGCAAGCACUUUUGUUUACUGCUAUCCCGACCCCAGUAGGGUGUGUAGAUAAGGCAGGUUCUGCUGGUCAUGUAGGAGCAGCCUUCUCUGCAUUAAGAGAGCGCUCUUCAGAUUGAUCCAGCGCGAUAAUUGCAUUUUCUGAGUCGGCGAGUUCACGAGCUGAGCACGCAGUGCUUUGCAAGACAAAGGCAUUCUUAGCCGUGUUGCAAAAUGAAAUGUGUUCGAAGUUGCCAAUUCCUUGUGAAAUCACAUUUCCACACAGCGUCGGGUCGCUAGAUCAGUGCACGGUCUCGCACCGAAACGACCGGACAGACCCACAUUGUUUAGAUGCUUAUAAAGGAAAAAGUGGUUUCACAUUGACCAGCAAAAUAUGUUUUAAAGGCUGUAGAAAAGAGAAAAAAAAAAGAAUUGUGUGCAAAGUGCAUUUGCUGCAUGACAUCCUUAUACAACAUUCGUGAGCUUUUAGUAAUGACAUUUACAAGCGACAUGUACAAGCGAACUCCGUGAAAGUGAAGAUCGAAGCUGUGCCAAUGCGAACGAAUAUGUGGGAACUGUUUGUAGGCUUUUCUGUAUGUGUGUACGCUGUUCCAAUGGCCAAGCCUGAAUUGCUGUGUCAAGCAGUGUUUUUAAGAGAGAUGGAUAUUUGUUUGAAAUACUGUUGGAAGAAAGGUGUGUGCUACCCCUGUUGCGGAAUGAGCUGGCAUUUUGAGAAAACUUUUUGUUUUGUCUAAGUGAUCUCGUUGCACUUUUUUUAUGUACAGUUCUAUAUAUUAUACAUAGGUGGUACUAUACAUAAUUACAAAUUAAAGAAGUUGCUUCUUGUA